AUGGGCACCUCUUUCGCACCCUUGAUUCUCCUUGCCACUGUUUCCUUCUUCCUCUUUUCCAAGGUUUUACCUCAGCAACCAUACGUAGGGUCGCUUACCACGGCCUGCGAAAACACAAACGUCUCCAAUUCUCUAUUUGGUUAUAGCUGCAACGGAAGAGAUAGAAGCUGUCCAACUUUUCUGAUCUUCAGAGCAACGUCUCCUUACAAGUCGGUGUCAUCAGUUGCAACACUUCUGUCUUCUAAUCCAUCGAAGCUUGCCCAGGUCAAUGGUGUCUCCCUCUCUUCAAUCUUUGACGAUAAGAGGCAGGUGAUUAUCCCUGUAAACUGUUCUUGCACAGGUAUCUAUUACCAGCAUAAUUCAACUUAUACCAUUCAAGGAGGUGACACGUACUUCUCUGUAGCAAACAACACAUAUCAAGGUCUAUCGACAUGUCAAGCAUCACAGAGCCAGAACAGUUAUCCUGCAACUAAAUUGCCGGUAGGUUCAGAGAUUAUUGUUCCGUUGAGAUGUGCGUGCCCUACAAAGCAGCAAAUCAGUGCCGGUGUGAAGUAUCUUCUGAGCUAUUUGAUUGUUAGCGGUGACAUUGUUGACAGUAUCAGUAGAAGGUUUGGCGUCAAUACAGAUAGUACCCUUAAUGCUAAUGGACUUGAAGAGGACUCUACCAUCUUCCCAUUUACUACACUUCUGGUUCCUCUGCAAAAUGAACCUUUGGUGUCUCAAACCAUCACUCCACCACCUCCACCACCAUCUUCAACUCCUCCACCUAAUCCUGAAAAGAAAAAGUCCAAAACUGGCCUUUCUGUAGGUAUUGGAGUACCAGUCACUGUGAUCUUGAUCCUCGGUUUGUUUCUUUUCUUUUUUAAUAAGAAGAAAAAGGGGCCCAGUGAAGAUGUGAUCAAGGAAGAGUCUGAGGAAAGGUAUCUCAAAAGAGAGGUGAAGACGGAUUCCAUUUUGGCUGAUGAGCUUCUUACCGGUGUAUCUGAUCUACGCCAUUCCUUAAAGGUGUAUAAAUUUGAAGAAUUGCAGGCGGCUACUAACAAUUUUGGCGAAGUAUGUAGGAUUCAAGGCGCUGUCUUUCGUGGGGUAUUCGAGGGGGAUAUAGCAGCUAUUAAGAGAAUUGAUGGAGAUGCUUCCACGGAAAUAGAAAUUGUGAAGAAGUGGAAUCACUUCAAUUUGAUCAGGCUCUCUGGUGUUUGUUUCCAUCAAGGCUACUCCUUUCUUGUUCAUGAGUACGCUCAAAAUGGAUCGCUUAAGGACUGGAUCUAUGGCAGGGAUGGCUUGUAUUUGAAUUGGAUUCAGAGGGUACAGAUUGCUCUCGAUGUGGCUAGUGGACUUCAGUACCUUCAUUAUUAUGCUAAUCCUCCUUUUCUGCACAAGGACAUAAAGACGAGCAAUAUUCUCCUCGAUGGUGUCUUUCGGGCAAAGAUUUCUAAUUUCAGGCUCGCAAGAUCGGUGAGGGGCAAGGAAGAAGAAGACUUUGUUCUGACAAGGCAUGUGGCAGGAACAAGAGGCUAUUUGGCACCUGAAUAUCUGGAAAACGGAUUGAUAUCUCCUAAGCUUGACGUAUAUGCUUAUGGAGUGGUGAUUUUGGAGCUCAUGGCAGGAAAAGAAGCUACAGAGUCUAUGGAACAAGCAUUAACAGCAAAAGUCGAGCACAAGUCACAGGAGAUUGCUGGUUUCAUGGAUCCUCACCUUCAAAGCAACUACCCGACGGAGUUAGCCAGUCUCAUCAUGAAAAUGGUAGAAGGCUGCUUGAUGAAGGAUCCAUCAGGCCGGCCUUCCAUGGAUGAGAUUGUCAGUUCAUUGACAAGAAUGCUAGCGGUUUCACUAGCAUGGAAAUCCUCCAAUACCAUAUCCUAG